UAAAUUACCAAAGAAGAAGAACCACUGCGGUCCGCUUGGUUGUAUUUGAAUCGUGCUGAUGGAGUGUCAGUUGUUUGGAAAGCAGCUUGAACUUUGAAUUUCUGUGAGGAGCAAAGCACCAGGUGGGAUCUUAGUGGACUACACGUAUAGAUAAACACACAAACGGAUCAUACAUGGCUGCUCCAACGUUACAACAGUCCAGUUUUUUACUGGCAAACCUUAAAGCAGAUGUGACCACCAAACCUCUCAUCCAGCGAUGCCAUGAUCUGGUGAAGAUCAUAGAUGAGUAUCCCGCAAAGGAGCUGAAUCUGAUCUUUCCUUGGCUGGUGGAGAGUGUGUUUGGCAGCCUGGACGGCAUCAUCGCCGGCUGGAACCUGCGUCUUCUUCAUUCACGGAGCAAUGAGUACAACAUUGCGUUGGAAUUUCUGAACCCCAGUGGCCCAAUGAUGAAGCUGGUAUACAAACUUCAAGCUGAAGAGUACAAAUAUGAAAUCCCAGUCAAUUAUCUCCCGGGUCCUGUAAAGGCCUGCAUCCAGGAGGGAGUUCUCCCCGAUUGUCCGCUGUUCCACAACAAGCUCCAGUUACCCCUGUCAGGGGUCCUGACCCUGAACCUCGCUCUCAAUCCCUUUGAGUUCUUCAUGUUUAAUUUUGCGUACUGCCUCAUCACACCAAAGAACACUCCUCAGGGUCAACACGGCAGCUCUACUGACACUGCCUACUUUGUGCUGGUGGAUAUGUACCUGAAGUACUUCCUCCCCAGUGAAGGAAGCGUGCCUCCGUCCCCUUUCUCCGACUCCAGAGGCUCCGUCACAGCUCCGUCACCGAGAUCCUCCAGUGUUUCCUUUGCUGGUUAUGGCGUUCACAGUCCCAGUCUCCUGAAGCAUCACAUCUUCCAUCAGCCCUCUGUUAACGCAGACCCUGCAGCUCAGGAGAUCUGGAGGUCGGAGACGCUGCUGCAGAUGUUUGUGGAGAUCUGGCUCCAUCACUACUCCCUAGAGAUGUACCAGAAGCUGCAGUCCCCUCAGGUAAAGCUGGCGCUGCUGCAGUACCGCCUCAGUAUGUCCAGCAUGCCGUGCCAACCCCACGCCCCACCAGGCUCUGGGACCCUCCACACCUACCAAGAGCCCUUCAGUCCUUCAGAGGAGCACGUGUUGGUGGUGCGUCUCCUGGUCAAACAUCUGCACGCCUUCUCCAACAGCCUGAAGCCCGAGCAGCUGUCUUCAUCACCCUCCGCCCACUCACCCACCCACACCAGCCCACUGGAGGAAUUCAAGAGGGUGGUGGUGCAGCGCUUCGUGCAGCAGAAGCUUUACUUGUUCCUGCAGCACUGCUUCGGUCACUGGCCUCUGGACGCCUCCUUCAGAGCCGUGUUGGAGACGUGGUUGAGCUACAUCCAGCCGUGGAGGUACAUGGGGGAGAAGAGCAACCCUCAACCCGACCAAAACCGAACCGUUCCUGGUAAAUGGGAGUCAUUCGUUCAGGAGAACCUGCUCAUGUACACAAAGCUCUUCCAGGGCUUUCUGAACAGAGCCGUGAGGACGGACCUGGUCAACGCAAAAAACGCGCUGAUGGUGUUCAGGGUGGCCAAAGUUUUCUCCCAGCCCAACCUGGCAGAAAUGAUCCAGAAAGGAGAGCAGCUGUUUCUGGAGCCGGAGCACGUCCUCCACCACCGGCAGCCCCAAGGCUACCUGACGCCGAGCCAAGGCGGCAGCUACCUGUCGUCGCGGCAACGGGUGGUGACGGACAUGGUGUUCAAAGUGAAGAGCCACGUGUAUUCCCUGGAAGGACAGGACUGUCAGUACAAGCAGAUGUUCGGCACCGAGCUCAGAGGAGCCGUCAUGAAGUUCAUCCAGGUCAUCGCACAAGCCCGACAGACGGCCAAAAGGAUAUCUGAUCACACCAACGAGGUGGCGACCAACAACUCCUUCCUGUCCUGGUUCGGGUUUGGUUCUUCGGACGCCAACAACAUUUUCACCGGAACCGAGCCGGAGGACAGUGGCGAGUUUCUGAAGAAGACCCAUGAGUUCCUGGACCGAGCUCUGGAGAACCUGUGUCAGAUCUUUAAGCUGAACCAAGGUCAGCUGACUCAGCUCAUUUCAAACCUGAGCUGCUCUCAGGACGACGUCCACAGCAAGCAGCUUCCAGACUGCAUCCAGGGGGAGACGGGACUGAUCCUGACCGAGCUGGGCCGGAGGCAGAUCAUUAAUGGACUCCGCAGGUUUGACAUCCAGUACCAGGGAGACCCAGAGCUGCAGCCAAUCAGGAGCUACGAGAGCGCGCUGCUCGUCAGGCUUCUGUACCAGGUCUCCUCUCUGGUCAACGUCAGGCUUGGGGGCCACAUGAAUGCGCUGUGUUCCCGUUCGGACUUCCUGGGCCGCCUCAGUCGUCGCUACUUCACAGAUCCCGAGUCCGUCUGCAGACUGAGACAGAGCCCGAUGUCCCGACAGGUUCUGGAGCGGAACCGGCAGCCGAGGCUGAGCCUACGUCCGCUGGCCAGCUACAGGACGCUGCUGCUGCUGCUCGUCUUCUACGUGAUGGGGGCGCUGCUGUCCUUCAGCCCGUUCUCCAGCACCGCGCUCCUCCUCGUGGGCGGACUCCUGUACGGCGUCCUGAUGACGCUGUUCGGAGACAAACUGAAAACGCACUGAAAACGUCUGAAAUACUCCACUUCUCAAGUCGGAGGAAAAAAAGUCCACAACAAGAAGAAGCAGCCCUGCAGUUCCAGCAGGAUUAACUGAUCCAUCCUCCAGUUCAUGUCGCAACUCUGACCCGUUCGAUGUCAGAAAUCAGUGUCGAUGUCACUAAAAUAUCAAAACACAGAUCAAAAAAAAAUACAAAAACUUUUUUUGUUCAUCAGCAGAUUUCAUGAAACAUUUUAGGUAAUCCGUGUGUGUGUGUGUCAGCAGUGGAGAUGAACUGGCAGCUCUUUUGUUGCUGCUGAUAUAACUGAUCCUCUGGUGUAAAUGUGGUUCUUUUGAUCCUGUAAAUAAUCUGCUUGGUUUUUUUUCCCUUCAGCGAGCAUCUAGAAACGGUGCCGGCCAAAACAGUCAAAGUGCACUGAUGGAAUAAAGUAUUUUUUUCUCA